AAAUUGUGUUUCUUGGUGGUACCACAAUGAAGGCAAUCGAACUUCAAAAUAUUCCACCUAAAGGAUAUUUCUUUAAAGAUUUUGGUGAGAUACUUCAAGGCAAAUGCAAAACCGAUAGACUGGAAGAUAUUAUUGGUGCUGUUAGUGAGAUAAACCAUAUCCAAUCCAACACUCCGGGGAAGAAAGUUGUUGUUUCUGUUGUGCUGAAAGAUUUGAAGGGUAAUUGCAUAAAUUGCAAUUUAUGGAAAAUCUAUGGAUCAACAUUUUUUGCUUACUACAAUGAUCCUAAAAACAGUGGAGCUAUUGUAAUUCUGCUCACUCAUGCAAUGGUAAAAGAUGGCCAAGUUUUUCAUGUUAUUUCUCAAAAUCCAUCUAAAUUUUUUAAAAGAUCAGAAUAUAUUGUUACUCUCUAUAACAAUCUUGGAUUCAAAUCUUGA